UUUCAACCAGGUCCUUCGACCACCACCACCAUGUCGACUCCCGUUUUUCAUUUAGACAUUGACUAUGAAGUAGAAAAAGAAAAAAUAAGCAAUUUUCUUUCGAAUUUCAAGUCAACAGAAAAGGACCUAAACACCACUUUCUCCAACAUCACCAUCGAAGAUGAAGGCGACCAAGAACAUAUGGAAAGACUAUCUCUCAAGUAUAUGUAUUAUUUGCAACAAAUAGCCAAUCGAGAUCAACAAAUGCUAGUAGUGGACCUGGAGGACAUUCACGCUCAUGAAGGAACCGUCUCUGAACUCGUGGAACGAAUUCAACACAAUGCGCGUCGCUAUGUCAGCCUUUUCAGCGAAGUGGUCGACAAGCUCAUGCCUGUACCCACGAAAGAUAUCAGCGACCAAGACGAAGUCAUUGACGUUCUUCUACAUCAACGUCGAGAAAGGAAUGCCCGAAUUGAUGGAGCGCAGAAUGGGUUUCCGGAUCACCUGCUCAGACGAUAUUACGUGUAUUUUAAGCCACUCCAAAGUGAUGUCGCUAUGGCUGUGCGUGAAGUGAGAGGAUCCCAUCUUGGUCGUCUGUUGACUGUUCGAGGAAUCGUCACGCGAGUAUCCGAAGUCAAGCCUCUUCUACAAGUUAACGCGUAUACUUGCGACAUAUGCGGUGCAGAGACGUUUGAGGAUAUAUCUAAUAAGACGUUCAUGCCAAUCACCGACUGCCAGAACUUGGAGCAAUGCAAAAAGAACAACAUUAGAGGCACACUCCACAUGCAAACACGAGCUUGUCGUUUUAGUCCGUUUCAGGAAGUCAAGAUUCAGGAGAUGGCUGAUCAAGUACCAGUGGGCCACAUUCCUCGUUCAAUGACUGUACAUGUCCAUGGAAGUUUGACGCGUCAAAUGAACCCAGGCGAUAUCGUCCACCUCGGAGGCAUUUUUCUUCCCAUACCUUACACCGGAUUCCAGGCCAUCCGCGCAGGACUCUUAACCGACACUUACCUCGAAGCUCACCACAUUCACCAAGUAAAGAAACAGUACAGCGAGCUCACUCUCACCCCGGAAAUGGACCUCAUUAUCGAACAAUUGAGACGUGACGGCACCAUCUAUAUAAAGCUUGCACAGAGUAUUGCACCAGAAAUUUAUGGACACGAAGAUGUCAAGAAGGCGCUACUUUUGUUACUAGUGGGAGGAGUCACCAAGGUCACCGCGGAUGGGCUUAGAAUCAGAGGAGACAUAAACAUUUGUUUGAUGGGUGAUCCUGGUGUUGCAAAGUCGCAGCUUCUAAAAUAUAUAUCCAAGAUUGCACCUCGUGGAGUCUACACCACAGGAAAGGGUUCGUCUGGGGUAGGUUUGACGGCUGCCGUCAUGAGAGAUCCGGUCACGGAUGAGAUGGUGCUCGAGGGCGGUGCUCUGGUGCUCGCCGACAACGGAAUCUGUUGCAUUGAUGAGUUUGACAAAAUGGAAGAGAUGGAUAGAACAGCCAUUCAUGAAGUUAUGGAACAACAAACGAUAUCUAUUUCAAAAGCAGGUAUUAGCACGACACUCAAUGCACGGACGUCUGUACUUGCUGCAGCCAACCCACUUUACGGCCGAUACAACCUCAAAGCGUCCCCAGUGGAGAAUAUUAACCUUCCGGCGGCUCUUUUGUCUCGUUUUGACCUUCUUUUCCUCAUCCUUGACAAACCCUCUCGAGAUGAUGAUGAGCGUCUGGCACAACAUGUCACUCAUGUUCACAUGCACAACAGACACCCCGAUCUGGGCAUUGACGUCGUUGAACCCAAUAUCAUGAGGCACUAUAUCGCAAAAGCUCGGACUAUACGACCAAAUGUUUCCCCCGAAGUCUCCGGUUACAUCGUGGACUCCUAUGUCAAGCUGCGAAAAAAGUCCAAGUUGGACCAAGAAGAGAAUAGUUCUCACACUUACACCUCUGCCCGUACCCUACUCGGGAUUUUACGUCUCGCCCAAGCACUUGCACGGUUACGGUUCUCUGUUGCUGUUGAGCAUCCCGAUGUCGACGAAGCGUUGAGGUUAAUGGAUUGUAGUAAAGAGAGUUUGCAUGAGGAUGGGGACAUGGAACACGAGCCUGAUCGGUCGUAUAAGAGUAAAAUUAUUAGGAUUAUCAAGGGUAUGGCCGGUGCAGGUAGGCCUAAGCGAACGAGGGCUAAACGGCUUGGGAAGGGGCCAGGUGGGGAAAGGGAUAUGGAUGUCGAUGAUUCGGAUGAAGAGGAGGAUGGAGAGCUUUCGAUGAUUGAUGUUCGGGCGAGGGUGACAAAAGGAGGGUUUAGUGAGGCGCAGAUGAAUGAGACUAUCUUAGAGUAUGAGGAUAUGGGUGUCCUCGUGCGUGUCGCCAAUGGUUCUAAGCUUCGGUUUAUCGACGGUUUGGAAGAUUUUUGAUUCCCCCCUACUUUUUUCGUUUGUGCUAUCUAAAUGGGCUGUGAUUGUAAUUGAUCUGUAAGAUUACCAUGACCUCUCGUCCGUUUGUCGUGUUCCUGAUACGCGGGUGUGCGAGAAAUGGACGUCUCCGAACGGAUGUAAAUGCGUCAAUGCAUGCCAUUCCAAGAUAUUUUGGGUAGCGAGUCGAAACAUACAUUCCGGCUGCAUCUGUACAUCGUCUUUCGUGAGUUGGGCUGUGGGUAACCGCGAAGAUUAUCACGCUGCC